AUGCCAGACCCGCAGUCUGCCUCACCCGGCAGCGUGUACAGCGGCGGCGUGCCGCCCAUGGUGUGGAUACAGCGGGAGCAGCAGCGCAUCCCGCUUCAGUUCUCCGCAACCGGCAGCCCCAAUCUAGACGGGACGCGGCUGCGCGAGGAGGGCAAUGAGGCCUUCAAGGCAGGCCGGUAUCACGAGGCGAUCCGCUACUACACCCAGGCGAUCGAGGUCGAUCCGGACUCGGAGUUCCUAUACACCAACCGCUCCUUUGCCUACUUCAAUAUCAAAGAGUUCGAGAAGUCCGCCGCUGACGCGGCGAAGGCGGUGGAGAUCAACGCGAACUUCUUCAAGGGGCACUACCGGCUGGGGCUGGCUCAGAUGAGCUUGAACGACUUUGGCCAUGCCAUGGAGAGUCUACGCAAGGCCUGGGCGCUGGCGCCCAGUGAGAACAAAGAGGCUAUUCGGGUAGCCAUGGCGAAAUGCGAGUCCAAGAUGGCGCGAGCGCCGAUUACGCCGCUGCUGAUGAGUCCUGGCGAUUCCUCGUCCAUGCCCUAUACCGAGACUGGUAUCAGCUCACGCUCUUCAUGGCCGGCGGCUCCGGCGCGUCCCACAGACGUGCAGCCUACACUCGGCAGCACUAGGGUGGACUUCUCGGAGCUGGAGGCAGAUAUACGGCGCGCGGCGACCUUGCGGGACCAGGCAGCGGCGUAUGCGGAGACAUACAAGGCGCAGAACGACAUUGUAGAGUGCAGCAAGCGGUCUGACAAGAUCAAGUCUCUCAUGAGCAUCGCCACCUCCAGCGAGCUCUCUGCCCUUUCCAAGGAAGCAGACGAGAAACAGUCGCAGUUGCGUCGUGCUGUGCGCGACCAGGAUAGCAACGCUUAUCACAAAGCGCGGUGUGACCGAGAUGCUACACUCAACAAGCUGUGGGACACUGCUGCACAGGCUGGGAUGGCGAUUGCGCAGCUCAAGAAAAUUGCCAAGGAGGAGCAGAACUUUUUCAGCCGAUUCGGCCCGGCGUCCAACGGCACGCUGUCCAACGUCCCGACGCAAGGGACGAGUGACAGGGUAACGGCCGUGGCGACACCCGUAGCGGCUGAGUCGCCGCCCGCCUCGGCACCGGCUCCGCCAACCGAAGCUCCGACCGAUGCCGCCGCCCCAGGCACGUCCCUGUCUCGUGCUUCUUGUAUUUCCCCAGGAAGCUCCACACCGACCGCCGAGGCGGUGGCGCCGCAGCAGCCGUUGACUACCCCGAGGGCCGGCGCAAGCCAUUCUACCCAGAGCUCCACCACCGCCGGCGCUGAACUUGACCAGCUGCUGCGACGCCGUGUCGAGAUCAACGAGGCGGUGCGAAAGGCGCAGAAGUGCUUCGCCGCCACCGACGCGGCCGGGCAGGCGCUCUUGCACUCGUUGAAGGUAGAGGCGGAGGCGAUGAAGGAGGUGCGUUCGCUCCUUGCCGAGGCAGUGGAGCUCGACACCCAGCUGGAGACCCACGCGCGUCAGGUGGCGCAGACCACAACGAAGGAGCUUUCCGAUGUGCGGUUGCAGGCGCUGGACCAGAUGAGCAGCAUCGUCGAGCGCGUGAAAGCAGACAAGGAGGCCUUCGCCAAGACGAUGCGCGAGGGCGACGGCCUGCUGGAGGAGGAGGCGAAGCUCGAGCAACAGCGCCUCUUGCACGAGCGCCAGCGCAUUCAGCUGCAGGCCGAAAUUGAAUGGUUCAAGAUUCGAGAUGAGCCAGAGAAUAAGAUCGAAUGCCUGCAGGUGCAGGUGAAACGACUGCACCAGCGUAUCGCUGCCAUCCACGAGAAGCAGAAAGCUGUGCAGACACGCCUCAUGGAGCUGGUGGAGCAGGAUCACCCGGAGCUGGCGUGGAAGUCGAUGGCGAACGGUUCACGAAUCUUGCGGCUGGUAAAAGGCAGCGGGCUCUGGCAGAACCUUUCCUUCUCCGACUUUCAGGUUUUGUCGACGCUGUCGUCCACUGUGAACAGCAAGGUAUACCACGCGUUACGCCGCGGCGAGCACGUCGCUGUGAAGGAGAUCUCCAUCGACGACGACGCGGCGCGCCGACGCUUCCAGCGAGAGGUGAAUAUCGUCUCCACCUGCAACCACCCCAACAUCAUCCGUAUCAAAGGCGUCUUCUUCGACGGGCCUUUUGCCUAUAUCCUCUUACCCUACUACCACCGCGGCAGCCUGCGGGCGUUGCUGUCGAAGCAGGAGCCCAUGUCGUGGGUGGCGGUGCAGGACAUGCUCCGUCAACUCGCCAGCGGCGUCGCCUACCUGCACGAGCACGGCAUUGUCCACGGUGACCUGAAGCCGUCCAACGUGCUCAUUGCGGAUGACGGGCGGCCUGUCAUCUCCGACUUUGGCAUCGCCAAGGACCACGGCGCCCUCGGCGUUGCUGACAUGACGCUGACAACCACCGUGACGAGCACCAGCAACGGUCCCAGCAGCAUCGUGGGCACAGUACAGUAUAUGGCACCUGAGCAGCUGCUCUGCGAGACGGGCUCACACAAGACGAAGUCCACGGGCAUGUCAGACAUGUGGGCGCUCGGGUUCACGAUGCUGGAGGUGGCGCUAGAGAACGCGUUUUUUCACGAUGGCUCACUGGGAAAGCCAUGUUUGCCGCUGUUGCUACCAGAGCAGAAGCGGAUCGAUGUGCCGGCCAAGGCCGUCGGCGGUGACGAGAAGCUAGCCGAGGCAAUCGCGUCAGUGCUCGUGGCCGACCCAGGAAACCGGGCGACCGCCUACGACCUGCUGGCGCACCCGUACUUCAGCUCAACGCUCAGCUCCAUGAACAGCAACCAAAACAGCAGUGCACUGGCCAAGAGCGACGAGCGCAUCGACGCUGUUCGCUCGUACAUCUAUGCCGUCCGUCGAAGCCAUCAACAGAAGGUGCUGGUGUCGGUCUCGCGCAACCACAUGGUGGAGUCCGUGCGUGACAUCUUCCAGCGCCUCGACAACGAUGACCUACUCUCUCCCAUCAUGGUUGUCUUCCAGGGCGAGGCCGGCAUUGACGAGGGCGCUCUGACGACGGAGAUGCUCAACCUCUUCUACGAACAGCUGAUUCUAGUGAAGAAGGCUCUCGUGUGCGCAGCCUCUGAGGAGGCGGGCGCAGCAUCUUCGCAUUCCGCAGGCUCCCCUGUAUCGUCUGGCGCGGCAGCUGCUUCGGCGAACGCGUCAAACGAGCCAGGCAUUCAUUCUGUCCUCUUUUCCACUGUUCCGUACCUCCCCGCGCCGGAUGCGGAUGGCAUCGCGCCGGACCUGUUCGUGCUGCUCGGCAAGGUGCUCCUCAAGAGCAUCAUCGAGAACCGCCAGAUCCCACUGCAGCUGAGCUCUGCUGUGCUCAAGUUCCUCUCCGGUGCGGAGCCUUCGUUUGUGGACUUGGAGGAGUAUGACCCGAACAUUGCAAGCACGCUGAAGCGGCUGCGUCUCUUGUCCGCUGCCGACCUCGAGGACGCCGGGCUCGACUUUUCCUACUUCACCCAGGAGUUCCUGAGAGCGCAGACAGACGGCCGGUACAUGACGGACUCGCCCCUCACACCCGAGAGUGUGAGCGACUACAUUAGCCUUCGUGAGAAGUUCGACCUGGUGGAGCGCCGGCGCACGGCGUUGGAGGCGAUGCGGAAAGGAUUCUACUGCGAGCCGUCUCUCGAGCACCACCUCAAGCUCCUCUCUCCCUCGGACUUGCUGCUACUUCUGUGCGGCCAGCUGCACGUGUCAGCGCAGGUCAUCGUUGACGCGUUGGAGUUCCAAGGCUUCAGCCGCAACUCCAACACGCCCAGGUACCUGAAGGAAGUUUUGCUGGACAUGUCACAGAAUAAUCUACGGCGUUUCCUACAGCUGUGCACGGCGACGGCGGCCGUGCCGGUGAGCGGGGCCAUGAAGAAGAUCAAAGUGUUGCGCUGCGCUGACGAGGGGCGACUGCCGGUCGGCCACGGCUGCACAAAUCAGCUGGACCUCCCUGAUUACAACGAUAAGCAGAUCAUCAAGGAGAAGCUGGAGAUUGCCUUGGCGCAUGCCAGUGACGGCUUUCACGUUGUUUAA